AUGGCCCGCAGAUGGGUGUUGAAAGCCUUGCCGCUGGAAAAGAUGCUGCUGUAUGAGGAGACCAAGAAGGACAUAUACAAGAAGGACAUCGAGGACACGUUCACGAUGUGGCUUCCCGGUGGAGAUGUCCCCUACAGUCCCAAGUGCAUGGCGUUCAGACUACAGUGGGGAGCGCUCAGAUAUGCCUCCAACACGGCUUUCAUCGCCCUCGUCGCCGCGGACAACGGCCUCCACACAGAGGAAUACCGGAAGUGGGCGAUGUCGCAGUUGCAUUACGCCUACGGAGACACCGGAAGGAGCUAUAUUGUCGGAUUUGGUGUCAACCCUCCCGUGAAGCCACAUCACCGAGCGAGUUCCUGUCCGAUGCUGCCGGCGCCAUGUGGAUGGGACGCCCAGCUUAACAAAGGCCCUAACCCACACACCCUGUACGGCGCCAUGGAGGGCGGCCCAGGUCAGGGCGACGACUACACCGACAGCAGAAUGGACUACGUGAAGAACGAGGUGGCGUGCGACUACAACGCCGGCAUGCACGCAUCGACGGCAGGUGUGUUGAUAAUAAAGCAAUUUUGA